GUGUUCGUCGGGAAAAACUUGAGGAGAGUCAAUCUAGAAAAAGGCAAAACUUGACACAACAGAAAAAAGGAUUAUCAAUAACCAAACAGCCACCAUGAGGGCUUUUGCAUUCUUUCUACUGUUGGUUGCAUCUGCUAUGGCGGGUCCUCAAUAUGGAUCGAUCCCUCCUGCGGAGGAACCUGUACCUGUAUACGAAACCCCAAUCUAUUAUCCGGCUACUGCUUACUCCACUGGCGGAAGUUCGCAAAUUGAAGAAAUUCAGAAGCAAUGGGAAAAGUUCAUUGAGUACCUUCCUUGGUUAAAGGGACCUCCCGGUCCACCAGGUCCACCUGGGUCAUCUGCAUCUUCUGGUGGUAGUGGCUACGGUGGUAGUAGUUACGGCGGUAGUAGUUACGGUGGUGGUGGCUACGGCGGUAGCUCCUAUACCCAACCUCAAGUCAUUGCUGGACCACCAGGCCCACCCGGGCCUCCGGGACCUGCUGGUUACAAAGGAGAAGCGGGAGCUCCAGGAGCUCCUGGCUACGCUGGAAAACCGGGACCUCAAGGACUUCCUGGUAAACCAGGCGCACCUGGUUAUCCUGGCCCAAAGGGAGCACCAGGCUAUGAUGGAGCUCCAGGAGCUCCUGGUAAACCAGGUUACAACGGAGAAAAAGGAGCACCCGGCUAUAAUGGCGCGCCAGGUCUUCCAGGUGGUCCUGGCUUACCUGGAAAAGACGGCUAUAAUGGAGGCCCCGGGCCAGCAGGUCCUAAAGGUGAAACAGGUCCACCAGGUUACACAAUCCCAUCCAAAAUCCCUGGUCCUCCUGGUCCACCCGGCUACCCUGGCAAAGAUGGAAAACCAGGGUAUUCAGGAGGCCCUGGCCCUGUUGGUCCUCCUGGCCCUGCUGGGCUUCAAGGGCCACCUGGCAAGCCUGGCACUAAUGGUUAUCCUGGCGGUCCCGGACCUAAAGGCGAAGCGGGGCUACCUGGCUAUGAUGGAGCUCCUGGAAAGGAUGGGCUUCCUGGUGCCCCAAGCAAAGUUCCUGGUCCUCCCGGGCCUCAAGGACUGACUGGCCCACCUGGCUAUAAUGGCAGCCCUGGAAAAGACGGUCUUCCCGGUAGCCCAGGUGCUCCAGGCAAGGACGGGCUUCCUGGUUAUACAGGAUAUACCGGUGCACCAGGUAAGCCAGGUAAACCAGGCAAAGAUGGCCUACCAGGCCCGGCUGGAUCCCCUGGUUAUCCUGGCGGUCCCGGCCCUGUUGGACCUCAAGGUAAACCUGGCCCCCCUGGUUACCCCGGUGGUCCAGGCCCAGUUGGGCCAGUAGGCGGACCAGGCCCAGUAGGUCCUCAAGGAAAGCCAGGCGCACCUGGAUAUCCUGGUGGUCCGGGGCCAGUUGGACCUCUAGGGCCUCUUGGACCCAUUGGACCCCAAGGAAAACCGGGUUCACCUGGGUAUACAGGACCCGCUGGGCCCCCAGGACCUGUCGGCGCUCCUGGGGAGUCUUACCAAGCUCCAGUGUACGAACUGCCCACAGCGGUUUACCAUCCUCCGGCAAUCCAACAACCAAGUUACGAUAUAUGGCUUCCGGCUGCACCUAGCUACGGAAAAUAGUCAUUUUUCAAGCCUAGGAAACUGUGCAUUUAAAAAUUGGUAGCGCUUUCAUUGCCGUUUAAUCGCGAAUGUUUUCGUAAGUGCCCACUUACUGUGUGAGCGGACUCUUGAAAAGAAACCCGUUUUUCAUCAAUUUCGUGAAGUUGUAAAUAAAAUUCGAGAAAACCCUCAAA